AUGGUGGAGGGUGGCAGGACUGCCCUUGAGCUUGGCUUCAAGUGGUUAGCGCCGUCUGUCUGUCUGUCUGUUGCCAGCACCACACCAGUGUUUACAGUAGAGAUUGACAUGCACACUCCCACGCCCUCGUGGACAGCAACGAGAUUGAGUCGACGCUAG